GGAAGAUGACUUUCUACGAUGACAUUUACCCAUUCUACCCCCGACAAAGGACCCCCUUCAUCUUCAGCGGCCCCUUGCUCGCCGUUAUUCUCGUCUUCCUUGUGUUAGCAGUCAGCUUCCUUCUCAUUCUGCCAGGGAUACGAGGCAAGUCGAGGUUGCUCUGGAUGUUCCGAAUAAUGAUCAGCUCCUUCAUUGGUGCCGUUAUAGUGGCAAUCAACUUUACUUGUGACUGGGCUGAGGCCAGAACAACCGCCAAUGCAACCUACAAGUCCUUCAGCAAUGCAGUGGUUAACGCUGAGAUUGGUCUACAUGUUGGACUUUAUGGCAUCAACGUUACACUAAGGGGAAAUCCUGUGAUGCAAUACAAUGAGACCAUAGACUACAAUGAGAUGUUUAGUUGGCAGGACAGUAUUGAAAAAGACUACGAAGAAGCCUUGGAGAAGGGCUUACCAAACCCCAUCCUCUACAUUGCUGAGAAAUUUACCCUUAAUAGCCCAUGUGGCCUCAUAUUCCAGUACAAAUACUCUGGACGAUAUGCCUCUGCUACUCUCUGGACUGCAUUUUGUUGCUGGGUGGUUGCCAAUAUCCUGCUGUCCAUGCCAGUUAUUCUGUAUGCUGGUUACAUGAUGAUGGCCACUGCCGCCUUCAUCUUCUUCUCCGUGGCCUCCUUCUCCACCAUCAUGAAUUUGCACCCGUGCAUUUUCUCCAUUGGAAAUGGCUUUUUUGAAACAGAGUACAGCCAUUCAUUCUGGUUGGCCAUUGCCACAGGUGCGCUGUGUGCUGUCAUUGGAAUUCUGCUGGUGGUGUUUCACUGUAUGACACCAGAAAAGGUGAACGAGGCCUUCAGCGUCGGUCUUGACAGUUUCGAGGAUGAAGAUAUGCAUUAUGGCGAAGGUUACCUGAAUUCAGUUUGCUUUGAUGGAGUGACCACUGCACCUUCGCUGUCAAGCAGCACUAUCGAACACAUAUCAUGAGGCUGUGCAGGAAUUCCCCCAGGCAGCGUCUACAGCUCAAACUUCAAUUUUCCAUCCAUUAUCCAAACCGCUUACCCUGCUCUCAGGGUCACGGGGAUGCCGGAGCCUAUCCCAGCAGUCACUGGGCGGCAGGCGAGGAGACACCCCGGACAGGCCGCCAGGCCAUCACAGGGCCGACACACACACAAACAUUCACAACUAGGGACAAUUUAGUACGGCCGAGUCAUCUGACCUGCAUGUCUUUGGACUGUGGGGGGAAACCGGAGCACCCGGCGGAAACCCACGCAGACACGGGAACUUGAAUUUUGUUUUCCUUUUUUCUCUUGCUGAAUGUGCUAUAGUAGCAACGUCUCUCUGUUCAGAUGGCUUGUAAUUCUCCAUAUGAGCCUCUUGUUUCUGUAAAUAAUGUACAUAAAAAAAUGCUAUAAACUUUUUGUAACCGUUUAAUGUUCAUUGUUAUAUUUCAAUAGUGCUAAACACCUCAUGAAGUCGUAUGGGAUCCAUACGAUGGUUUCACAUCGAUCCAUGUGUCUUAUGACUCCAUCACCGGCCAACUUGCGUUUGUCACAGUGGAGAAUGAGGCAAAGCACAAGAAAAAUGCCAUCAUUUGACUGUAACCAA